AUGGGACUAAUUAACGAAAGCCACCCUGAAGAGUUUAUUCUAUUAGGCUUUGCUGAGCGCCCUUGGCUAGAGCUUCCUCUAUUCAUUAUUCUUCUCAUAACAUACCCUAUGGCCAUGAUUGGAAAUAUCUCCAUCAUCCUGGUGUCUAAGUUAGACCCCCAUCUCCACAGUCCCAUGUAUUUCUUUCUCACCAACCUCUCCUUUCUGGACAUGUGUUAUACCACAAGCAUUGUCCCACAGAUGCUAUUUAACCUGGGAAGUUCUAAGAAGACCAUCAGCUAUAUGGGGUGUGCAGUCCAGCUUUAUUUCUUUCACAUAAUGGGGGGAACAGAAUGUCUGCUCUUGGCCCUUAUGUCCUUGGAUCGCUAUGUGGCCAUCUGCAGGCCUCUCCACUACACCCUCAUCAUGAAUCAGCGCCUCUGCCUCCUAUUAGUAUCCAUCGUGUGGCUGAGCGGAGUGACCUAUGCUGUCUCAGAGGCUUCUGUGACAUUACAGUUGCCACUCUGUGGCCUCAAUAAACUGGACCACUUGGUGUGUGAGAUUCCUGUCCUGAUAAAGGCUGCCUGCGGUGAGAAGACUGCUAAUGAGCUCACACUCUCAGUGGUGUGCAUUUUUAUGUUAGCUGUUCCUCUGUGCUUAAUUCUUGCUUCCUAUGCUUGUAUUGGACAUGCUGUAUUUAAGAUGAAAUCUUCAGAGGGAAGGAGAAAGGCCUUUGGGACAUGUUCCUCACACCUCAUAGUUGUUUUUUUAUUUUAUGGCCCAGCCAUUAGCAUGUACCUCCAGCCCCCCUCAUCCAUCUCAAGGGACCAGCCCAAGUUCAUGGCUCUCUUCUAUGGAGUGGUGACUCCUACGCUCAACCCCUUCAUCUACACCCUUAGGAAUAAGGAUGUGAAGGGGGCAUUAGGCAACCUGAUGAGGAGGAUUUUCAGUUCCAAGUGA